CGUCAUCCACAAAAUUGGAUCUCCUCAACAUAAAUUCCAAAGCACGAACUCGCAGCAAAGCUCACAACUUUUGCAAGGGUACCAGUACUGCUGUACCGGCCGGUACGCCCACGAUACACGAUGGGCAAGACCAAGAAGAAGCGUUCGUCCAUGCGAGAAGAGCUGUUGGCGAAGGAGUCUGAGCAGCGCAAGUUGGUGGAACAAACGUACACGGAGCCAAUUCAUCCCGGGACCGAUCUGAAGGAAUUUCAGAACUGGUUGGGUAUCUUUUACCGGCACGUGUAUCGCCACGAAGAUGAAUUGAAGAGACUGCUGCGUCAAAAUUCAGUGCUCCGACAACACUAUGAGCGAUUGGUGGUCAAGAAUCACAAUGCUACCGUCAAGUUGACUCAUGAAGACUUUUUCCAACGGUACCUCUAUCGUUGUGAUCCCCAACGGGUGUGGAAUUGGGAGCUUCAGGGAAGUCAGAAAAGACUCGACUUGCAAGAAUCUUCGUCUUCUCUACUGGAUGAUGCGGCUACCGUUCAAGUGCGACAAGUCCUCAAAAAUAACAACUCCAUCUCUGUUCAGGCUUCUCACGCACAAGAAAAAAUGGAAGACGAGGAACCAAUGCCACCAGAAUCAGAAUCAACUCCAGCAUCAACUCCAGCAUCAGAAGCAAAAGCAAGCAAGCAAAAGAAAAUUCAUGAAUGCAAGGAUAAGGAACCAAUGCCAGCUCCCUUUUCUCUGCUGCUAGUGUCAGGUGCCAUUGCCCUAUUUGGCUUCUUGAUUUUGUCCAUUUGGAUCUAUCAUGUCCCCUCGAAUGACAAUUCCUGGAAGGCUUCCGCAUGCAAACUGGUUCGAACUGCUGACACGAGCGCUUCAUUAUUGUCGAAUGAUCUGCCAUGGUGGUCCCCACAAGUCCGUUUGGGAUGUCAACAACAGCACACAUUGGCAAAUGUACAACUAGACAGCAACCAAGAGCCAGAUCAAAAUAUUUCUACGCGACCAUGGUCGGUCAACCCCGUUCGAUGGCAUCGGCGAAGGACGCAAAACUACUACACUACCAAGAAUGGAGCCAAGGUCCUCGUUCGACAGCAGGAAGGACACGACGACCUUCAACAAGAUGCCGCCCCUCAAUGGUCACUGCUACACUGGAGAUCACAGCAACAAAAUCAGUUGCUAGCCACACAGAAUCAACCGCAAGAAGGAGCAAGUGUAUCGCCCUGGUCGGCAAUUGCCAACAAGUUUCGUGGCCGGGGAUGGAAAUCCAGGAGCUGGGGGCAAACAGAUGACGGAGAAAUGGUCAUGGAAGAACAAGAAAUAUCCGUCACAACCACCACCGCUCAACGAUCGCGAGGACAGCCUCAAACGCGAAAUCCAUCAUCCACGCGUACGCAAGUUACUACCGAUACCAAAGAGAACCAAAAGUACAUCAAAACGGUCGUCACGGAAGUCAAGAAAACUACCAUUUACACUCCUGUAGAGUAGGAAAGCAAAUGUUUCCUCUUGCCAAGAUGGGAGAACGGUUGUGUGCCAUUUGACGGGUGGUGGGCGACUUUCGAAAGGAGGAUCGCGCCGAUGACGAGACAUGCCCAGCGUUUGGCUCUGGGAUUGAAUGAUUCAAUCGAUUCAGCGGAACCAAUCCACGAUGUAUACAUGUACAAGGUAGAUAUUGUAUUUGCGUUGC